AAAGUGCAGUCAUGGGUGAGCAAGUGCAGUUAUUCGAAAGUUUUGUCCAAAAAUAUCCCAGACUAAUAGCUCCAAAUUCCAUCUCUGAAGAUUGGAAACAAUUCAUGACCGAAAUUUUUCAUCAUGGGGAGGCUAAUGUUCAGACACUGCAUGAAUUCAUACAGGAAACACCUGAAAUUAGAACACUACCAAGAAAAGAAGAUAUUUGGGCAUUCACCAAUUUCUGUCCAGCCCCAGAGAAAACGAAGGUAAUAAUCAUAGGACAGGAUCCAUAUUCCCGUGAUGAUGUUGGAUAUGGAUUGGGCUUCAGUGUGAAGAAAUCUUCUCCAAUUACACCCUCUUUAGAAAAUAUUCUCAAGGAAGUUCAAUGUGACAUAUCUGAUUCCAUCUAUGCUAAUAAUCUGAGAGGAUUCACAGACGGAGGUCCAAGACACGGAUGCCUGGAUUAUUGGGCGAAACAAGGAGUAGUAUUCUUGGACACUGCACUUACAGUAGAAAUUGGAAAACCUACAUCCCAUAUAGGAAAGGGAUGGGAACCAAUCAUAGCUAGUAUAAUAGAAAAACUACAAAUCUGUGUUGAAAGAGAUGGUGGAAAAUUGGUCUUAAUUCUCUGGGGAUCUGAGGCCAGGAACAACUUCAGGGAUUGCAUUUCAGAAAACCAUAUGGUGCUAGAAGGUGGACACCCAUCUCCUUUGAAUGAAUACGACAACUUCUUAGGACGGAGAUAUUUUUCCGAAGCCAACGAUUUCUUGGUAGAAGCUGGGAGAGAACCAAUCGACUGGUCAUUGGAUGAAGAUGAAGAUGAAGCUCGAAAUUAAUAUUGGGAUGGAAUUGAAGACGAUGAAUUAUCAUGUAGGUUCUAUUCAUUCAUUCUAUUUGCUACAAGAUAGUAUACAUGGAACGCUAACACAAAAUGUUGAGGCUUAAUUAUUAUGUUCCAAUAUGUGAACCCAAUAUUGAUGUUAAAUAUAUUACACUACCCCCUUCUUGAA